ACAAGAACACGUCAGAGAAAUACUCGUGGCUCCUCGGGAACAUAAAACUAACAGACAACUAAUCGUAAGCGAUGUUUUUUGGAAGAAGAUCCUAAAAGAAGUAGUAAAUGAGUUAUUAUGGAAGUUCAGAGAACAGACAUAUCCAGUAGAAUGUUAUGCUAUUAACUUUGGUUCUUGGGAAAGCGAAACUGCUAAGGACAAGAAUGCAUUGGAAUGCCACGGCCAUUUUCAUCUCCACCUUAAUAAAGUCGUUGUUCACAAUAUGGAACAAGAAAAGGGUACCGAUAAUUUACCUAUUUAUCCUGCCAUCCAUGGAAAAGUAAAUGAUCCUUUCCAGUACAGGAUGAAAGAUUGCAUAGAUUUAGAAACAUUACGGCUAAGUAGCUUGGAGAUAAACGCAAACUAUAAUAGUUUACGCGAACAAAUAGAUGAGCAAGGUAACAAAAUAGAUGAACAAG